CUCUUUGGAGACGCCCCCUCGGAGGGCCGCUCAGGUAAACAGGCAAGAUGGCGGCGCCGGAGAGAGCGAGCGAGGCCGAGACGGGCCCCGCGGAGUCGGAGGCGGACGGGCCGGAGGGGUUGGCUCUGCCGCCGCCGCCUCCUCCUCCAGGGCCCGGGCCGGCCCCUCCGAGCCUGGCGGAGCUGCCGGGGGAGCUUCUGGAGCUAAUCGCGUGCUGCGGCCCGCUGAACGCCUCCGACGUGGCCCGCCUGGCCUGCACCUGCCGCCGCCUCAGGGAGGCCUGCCAGCCCCGAGGGAAGGUCUGGAGGGAGCAGCUCCGGCUCAGGUGGCCAUCGCUUAUGAAAUAUUAUAACCAGGUGGACAGUGUGAAUUGGCUGGAGGAAUACAAACAACGGCAUAAAGCUGGCUUGGAAGCUCGGAGAAUCGUAGCAUCAUUCUCCAAAAGGUUCUUUUCAGAUCAUGUGCCCUGUGAUGGCUUCACUGAUAUUGAAACCCUCGAGUGCCCAAGCCACUUCUUUGAGGAUGAGCUGAUGUCCAUCCUUAAUAUGGAAGGAAGGAAAGGCCUGACAUGGAAGUACUAUGCAAAGAAAAUCCUUUACUUCAUGCGGCAGCAAAACAUAUUGAAGAAACUGAAGGUGUAUCUUCAGCGCCCAGCGGAUGAGCAGUCCUUUUUGGAAGGGGCUGUAUUGAUUGACCAGUAUUGCAACCCACUGUCGGACAUCUGCCUAGAAAGUGUCCAAGCCCAGGUUGACGAUAUUGUGGCCAAAGUUCGGAAAUUCCUGAAAUCAAAAAACUCUAGGCACCCAAGUGUGACCCAAAAAGCAGGGGAGGUCUUGAUCGUCUCUCAGGUGGAGCUUCAGAGGCAGGUCCUCGAUGCCAUGAACUACGUCCUCUACGAGCAACUGAAAUACAAAGGGAACGAGGUGGAUUACUACAAUUCCCUCAAUUCGUACAUCCGCCAGGUUUUGAUCCACAGGACUGGAAUCCCAAUCAGCUUGUCGGUGCUUUACUUGACAAUUGCCAGGCAGUUGGGUGUGCGGCUGGAGCCUGUCAACUUUCCCAGCCACUUUCUGCUCAGAUGGUGCCAAGGGACAGAAGGAAGCACAAACAUCUUUGACUAUGCCUAUAUAGACGCUUUUGGGAAGGGGAAGCAGCUCACCGUGAAAGAGUGCGAGUACCUGAUUGGGCACCACGUGACCGAGGAAUUUUACGGUGUGGCGACAGCAAAGGAGGUUUUGCAGCGAAUGGUGGGCAACUUGUUGAACAUCGGGAAGCGGGAAAGCACCGAUCAGUCCUACCAGCUCCUGCGAGACUCCUUGGAUCUGUACCUGGCCAUGUACCCAGACAACGUGCAGCAUCUCAUGCUCCAGGCUCGAUUAUACUUCCACCUGGGAAUCUGGCCGGAGAAGGUGCUGGACAUCUUGCAACACAUCCAAGCGCUGGACCCCUCCCAGCAUGGAGCAGUGGGCUAUUUAGUUCAGCAUACUCUAGAGCACAUCGAACGCCGGAAAGAGGAAGCGGGGCCUGACGUGAAGCUCCACUCAGAGGAGAAACACAAAGACGUCUGCUAUUCUGUCGGCUUGAUUAUGAAACAUAAGAGAUAUGGCUAUAAUUGUGUCAUCUACGGCUGGGACCCGGCAUGUAUGAUGGGGAACGAAUGGAUCCGGAACAUGAAUGUUCAUAGUUUGCCGCAUGGUUCCCAGCAGCCCUUCUACAAUGUAUUGGUGGAGGACGGAUCAUGCCGAUACGCAGCCCAAGAGAACCUGGAGUACAACAUGGAGCCCCGAGAAAUCCCUCACCCGGACAUUGGCCGCUACUUUGCAGAGUUUGCCGGCACACACUACCUAGCAAACGCUGAGCUGGAGUUCCGGUACCCCGAGGACCUGAGGCUGACACUUGCGGAUGUCCAGAAAACGUACGGGAGCAAGGAAUGAACUUCUGUCUGUCUUUGCUGGUGUGAAAGAUGGCUUUUGUGCGGUGGUGGCAGCAGCGAGAGCUGAGUCACGGGAACCGUUCUUGACAGUUCUCCGGCUUAAGUAGGGAUCACAUUUUGCUUGAUAACUAGGGGUGAAGUUUUUUGUUCUUUGACCACCCAGCUAAAGCCGUGCCAAUACUAGUGAAAUACUGCAGGACACCUGAGCUGCUGAGGUGUGCAGAUGCUCUUUGUCGGAAAUGACUUCUGUGUACGAAGUACAUGGUCCUCCUUACCGCUCUUGGACCUCGAAAGCUCUUUGUUUCCCCACCAGAGACUUGGGGGAGUGUUUGGGGUGGCCCAGAGACUGGAAACGUUGGCACCUUACGGAUAGGGUUAGUCCUCCACAUUUGCGGUGCAAUGAAGGUCUUGAGUUAUGUGCAUACCCUGGAAAGAACACGGCUUUUUCACAGACCUCGUUGCCCACCUUCAAUUCCAUGCAGCCCUGUGCCAAAAUCUUGGGAAUUAUAUUGAAACUUCUUUGUCCAAAGAUCUUGCACUGAGCGGAUCUCCUCCCACUGCUCCAAACAAUUGCUUAUGCUAGCUUUUUUUCUCUAGGCUUCACAGAUUCCAUUACACACACACAAACACAAACACACCCACCCACCCCGCACUCCUCUUGCUCUGCACCAGUCUUGGAAGGAGCUGCUCAUGUUGCUGUGAUUUUACCUGUGCCUAAAGAGGAGUAUCCAUGCUGUGCUGUGAAAACCUCACGUUUGUCAAGACAAAUCUCCUGGGCUUUUUGUGUGUGUGUGUGUGUUUGUGUAGUCAAGGGCUGCCAACCUUUUGGAGCCAGUGGGAAUUUUGAGAUGAUGCCAUGGGCACCAGUCAAAAAAUGGCUGCAGCGGGUGUGGGUGUGUAGCGUGAAAGAAAAUGGCUGCCGCUCCCCCAAAAUGGCUGCUCAGAAUGGAUGGGAGGGCAGGUGGUCCAGUCCUGGCAUCCAAUGAAAUUAGGGUGUGUUUAAAGCAGGGGAGGGUGUUGAAUGUAGGAAAGACUAAGCAAACGGAAUCUGAGCAGGAAGAGCACAGAGUCCCUCCUGCGUUGUGGAUUUUUGAGGGGAUGUUUACUGGGGCCUUUUGUGAGUGCUGUAUGAGGUACCGGUGGGCACAAUGUUAGUGACCAUGGUUCAAACCAAGCUCCAUUUGGAGGAAAACGGGAAGUCCUAUUAAUCAGGGAACGUCCACAAAAUCUUACUUGAUUUGCAGCCCAGCAACCAGAACGGUACCUAAGCAGGCUGGGGGGGAAACAGCUGAUUGUGCACCUUUGUAUUUUGUUAAACACUGUAAACAUGCACCGCGAAGAGGUGGAGAACAUGUAAUUUUAAAAUGGGUGCCUUUCUAAGCAGAGGGCAGUCGAUAUUUACCGGAUUGCUGGCUUGGGAAGGCUUCAGGUAAACUAUAAUUAUCACUUUGCGAGGGGUUAAACAAUACGUAGUUUUGAAUGUUAGUAGCAGAGAAAUCACUCCUUUCAGGAGAACUCUUUGUAGUGCAUGCGGUAUUUCUAGUAAUACUUUAACCAGCGUAUAUCCUUGUGAAAUUCUCUCAGGGAUGGGCAAUCUGUGGCCCUCUGUUCUUGGGCUACAUUUCCCAUCAUCCCCAUGCUGGUUGGGGCUGAUGGGAGCUGGAAUCCAACAACACAUGCAGGUCCACAGGUUCCUCACCCCUCUUUUACGUUAUCUGCUGGGGACAACUUGAAGCAGCUUAGAGGGCUAGUCCAAGAGAGCCAAAAAAACCUUGAAAGCAUUUGUAGUAAAUGGAAUCAGAACUGGAGAGACAAAAUCCUGCAUAGCAGGUGUGUGGAACCUCUGGCCUUCCAGAUGUUGCAGAACUACAAUUCCCAUCAUCCCAAGCCUUCUGCGUUCACUGGGGAUGAAGCGAGUUCUUUCCCCCCCAUUACGUUUUACUAAGUUUCAACAUAUAUAAUCAAAACAAUUUCGUCUUCCUUCUCAUUUUUACCAACUUCCCACCCCAUUUUCCAUGCGAGUUCUCGUUUCUCCCCUUCUGCUGCACCCUGUCUUCCAUCAAAUCAUAACCUCAAUAUUAUAAUCUAAUUACUUCUGCCGCUCGUAGCUCAAAUCCUGCUCUCGAGUUCGUCGUGCUAUAAUGUUUAUUUAAAUAGUCCGAAAAGGGCAUCCAUUCUUCCAUAAAACACUCAUCAUUAGAUUGUCUUGAUUUUGCUGUUAAUUUUGCCAGUCAUGCACAACCCAUUAACUUACCCAUUCUUCCUUGGUUGGAACUUCUCCUUCCUUCCAUUUCUGCGCAUGCAGAAUCCUAGCUGCUGCUGUUACCUACAUAAACAACUUCCAACAUGUUUUUUGAGAGGGGAUUUCUGCCCCUGUCAUCCCUAACGUAAAUGCUUCAUGCUUUUUUAUAUAUACAGGGGCGAAGGGAGUUCUAAUUCAGCAGCGUCUGUGGGGCUGGAGGCUCCCCGCACCCUGCCCUACAGUUCUCAGUACGACAUGAAUCCCGAUUCAUCGUUUCAGGGGUAAGAACUUUAGCAAUACACUGAAUUUCCCCCUCUCUUUCGGGGAAAGCUGCUGCUGCUGCUCCUCUGCAACUAGGGAACAAUGUGUCUGCCUCAACCUCCUCUGCCUGCAGCUGGCUCCUUUUUAAAGCAUUCGUCUUUAAAGCCGGCAGGUCAGGACCCUGUACCAAGGUGUGCUGCAGCAGCAAGCGCUACCACCGUACACUGAAUAUGAUUUUAAAAAAUAAAUAAAUGAAAGAGCAGGUCCCCAAAUGCAUGCUUGGGUAAAAGACUGAAGACUGCUGCUUUUAAAAGAUGGCAGGAUACCUGCCACUGAGUCCUGGGCCCUGCAUCAACGCUAGGCAUGUGACCUUGAUCCAAAAGCUCCUUUAGUUCCCUUUUCUGUGUUUUUAGAGUAGUCAGAUACUUGGCCUGUGGUACUUCCUCCCAAGGUGCUCUCAGAUUUUGGUUUGUUUUGUAAACCACUUAGAACUUGUCCUUUAUAUGGAAGGUGCUAUAUAUAUAUAUAUAUAUAU